UUCAGUCUGUCGCGUGUAUUGCUACAGUUCGUAUAGUGUGCCGCUCUCCACCACCAUAGUGCUCUCACCGGUGCCUCUCAGAUCAGUCAGAUCUCGGACGAGGAGGAUAAACUCCGAUGAUGUCGUGAUGCCGUGAGAGGAGCGCACGCGAGAGUCACGCGUACAUUUCGUGACCAGGGAGGACCGGGGCGGUGGUGGUGCGCUCUGAUCCCACGCGAUCAUCCCGCUGAGGGGGCGAGAUGACGUCUCGACGGAGCGCCGCGCGACCUCGUCGCUCGUCGCGGAUCGCCGCUUCUCGCGCGUAAACCCAAAUUCCACUCGUGAAAUUCCCGACCCGACCGCCCGCGACGUCGAUAUCGGAUCUCGUCCGAGAUCGUCCCCCUAGGCACCAAAUUUUCACUCUGUGAGACCCUGUCUCCGUCAAACGACGAGAUAGAGUAAAGAUACGCGAUACGGUCGCCCGACUUGAGAAACUCUAGUUUGUACAUAGCUAAAACUCGUCCCGCGAGACAGCUUCCGCCGAAGAGAAACUUUCUUAUGCGCUAAUUCAGAGAGAGAGGGAGAGAGAGAGAGAGAGAGAGAGAGAGAGAGAGAGAGAGAGAAAGAGAAAGUUCCAAGAUUGGAAUUUAAAUUCUUACGAGAGAAGAAAAAUCGUCAUUAACCCCGUCUGGCGCGAAUCGAAGGAUGCACGUGAUCCUAUUUAACGCUACAUUCAAUUAGAAUAUGUCGCGUCAGUCUUUAAAAAGCAAACGAGGGGAAAAGGUCGAGCACGCUGCAGCGACUACACCGCUCCGGUGGCGGCCGAGAGAUGACUAUACCGGUGGCGAGAGAGAGAGAACGAUAAGCCUAUUAUCAGCCAGCUUUAAGUGAAGCGGGAUUGAUCGUGUAAAAAUAACCGGCGCGCGGCACAAAAAAAAGAGGAUCACGUGGCGGGAAUGCGCGCAAGGUGCACUUUGCGGCGGCGACUAUAUCAGUGCGCGGUACGCGAUCGUCAAGAAGACCGUCCGUGAAACCCCGUGGGUGACUUCCGGUUCGGGAAGGGAGUUCCGCGUGAGCCGCGUGCCUCGCUCGCCGCUCCGGAAAUGCUCGCGGGGAUCGUCUUAUUGUUAGUGUCGGGUGAUGACGAUUGGCGAGCGAAUUGUCCGUAACAAGAUUAGAUGAUGACGGAUUCCCCGACACCAUCGACCAGCAGACAUCACGACGACAAAUGCGACAAACCCGAGAGAUCUGAUAAAACGGUGUUACUGCAAAUCCAGGACAUAAACAGUCAAGUAGCGCAGUUCCGAGAUUUACUUAUUAAUAUCGGACAGCCGCGCGACUGUCCGGAGCUGCGCGAAAAAAUACGGAAGCUGCGUCGCAACUGCGUGGAGGCUUGCAAGAGUACAGCUCAAUUAGUCCUGCCGCAUGUGCAAAGUGCUAUGGACGUUGGAAUACCGGUUGACAGUCCAAAUCUGGUGCUGUUGUUUUACGUGGCUCAACUCUUCUUACGCGAACUGCACAAGAGUAAAAAUCUCAUAUCCAUCAUACCCAUGGACAUGUCCGGAUAUUAUGAGAACCGCGCCGGUCCCUCGUAUAUCGGCAAUGUGGUCUCGCAGAUCCUCCUGUGCAAACAGAUUAGACCGGACUUCAACGAAGAGGAACUCUGCAGCAUCCGAAAGGACUCGGAAGAGAUCGGCCAGCUGAUAGCAGAGCUACAAGAAUUUAUGCCCCAAUCUGAGGCUGACACGGGUACAAUUCCGCCGAGAAACCGGUGGCCCUUCACAAUCCUGGGAACAAAAUCAAUCGGAACAACGGAACACGGAGGAUGCACCGAUGGAGCAGCAACAGAGACCGACAAUCGUCCUACUUCCGCAACGGUUUCAGAUUUCUAUGCUGCGCCGCGAGUACUAAUUACGUUUAACGUACAUAUAAUUCAUCUCGAUUCAUUAAAACGUAAUAUAGUUCCGAUUAAUUUAAUAAUGAAUAAUUAAUACGCACUGAUAUUUUCACAGUGAUUUCAACGCUAAAUUCCCUAAAAUAAAGUUAAUAGGAAUCGAUGGGGCUUCGGCUUCGUAAACUAAUCACGAUGAAAAGUCCCAUUUAUAAAGUAUCCUAAGAAAGGCGUAAUAAAUAUUAUAGUUUGGCGAUUUAUCUUCAAAGAAAUGCUCAAAGUUGCUUCGCUUUCGACGAAGCUUUAAUAUCGCGCGUUCAUUUAUCGUAAUUUCUUAACCAGUCUCCGCGUCAUUAAUAUACAUCUCUCUUGGGAUACUCUCUAUGAAAGACUAUACGGACAAAGAAUGUCGCAACGAUACACUUCGUCGGAUGAUACACUUCGAGAAGCCUAAUCAAAAGGCCUAAACCUGUCCCAUUCGAGAGACAUCCUUGGAACAAAUUUUUAACGCACGUACAGCCGGUGACAAUCAAAGUAGAAGCUCGAGACAUCAAUAAUUAUUACAAAUCACAUCGCAAUAGAUACGGGUAAACAGAUGAUGGGAAUGGAUGAGACAAAAAGGGGGAAUUUCAGCAUCUUUUUCGUCUUUCAGCAAGAAUUCUAGUGGCACUCGAUAUUGCUCCCAUUUUUUUGGACGUUCUUCUGUAGUCUUCUUUUCUAAGAACUCGCUGUCCCAUUAAAUUUCCAAGUCGCGGACAAAAGAGCCGCUGGUGUCGAGGAGCUCUUUUAUUCAAGUCCACUCCACAAUCAUUUCAUCAAUCCCGCUAUAAUUGCUCGGAUGAUCUAACUCGAAUUUUUUCAAAAUCGUAUCUCUUACGAUAAUCAAUUUUCUCGGUUCGUUGCAUUUAGAUCUAUCGUUUGUGUCAAAUUUAAUCGGAGAUCUUCAACAACAAGGUAAAUCUAAUAAAUAAUCGCUCGUAAUCAAAACUAGCUUGUAAUCUUUCGAUUCCGGGUCUUUAAAUCCUAGAAUCUAGACGAACGCAUUCGAAUAUAUUGUCAAAUAUAUUGUCAGAAUAAAUCGCGUCUGUGUCGUGUCAAAACGAGUAGAUGUACGUUAUGGAGCAAUUAUAAUAUCCUAGCGUAUUUACAAGUGAGUGGACCAACCUCGAUCUAUUUAUAAUGCGCGACGGAUGCAUUAUAGCUCUAGGUA